UGCAAAAUUACAUCAGUAUAUUAUACACAUAUUUGACAAUUUGAUAAUAAAAAAAAAAUGCGUAGAAAUCGUGGUCUCCUGUUAUCACUUUCGACGUGUCUGACGAUACUCUUUGUUGUUUUGAAUACGCGAUCAUCCACAGAAUUACUCGGGUCCGCGAUUACCACUGAGAAACGCAGCAUGUUGAGGAAACAGGAAGUGUUACGUGCCGAUGAUCGAUGGAUUACUCGUAGUCAGACGCACCGAUACAUUACUCCGUCCCUCGCCGAAUUGGGAGAGUUGCCAUACAAGCACAAGCACAUUCUUAUGUUGACACGCAUACCCGGUGCGGGUGGCGAGUUGAUGGUGCUGAUCCUGCAGCGAUUACAAGGAUAUAAUGCUUUCAAACAUAUACGUUUGCCACCGGGCGACAACGGACUCUUAUCAAGUUCACAGCAGGAGUUGUUGAUAGAAGAGAUUACGAGUAUCAUCCGACAAGAAGCUAUUCCCUUAACUUUCGAUGGGGAUGUAAGAUUCCUAAAUUUCUCGGAAUUUGGACGACAAGGACCUACCUUUAUAUCUUUAGUGAGAGAUCCCUUGGAUCUACGAAUUUGGCAAAAGUAUAAAAAAGGAGAGAAAGGGAUGCAUUAUUAUGGAAUUAUACCUUAUUUUUGUGGACAAGAUCCGCGUUGUGCGGAACAAAAUAAAACAUGGGCAAUGGAGCGAGCUAAAACAAAUGUUAUUCGAUGGUAUCCUGUUGUUGGUAUAUUAGAUUACAUGGAGGAGUCACUAAACGCGUUAGCAGGUGAAUUUCCCUAUUUUUUUAAGGAUGCUAUUCGUGUCUAUGAUCAUUUCCGACCAAAAGAGAAGCAUCCGGCCAUUUCUUCAACAAAUUCAAGGCUACGAAUCAAAGACGCAGUCUUGAGAAAAGUGCUUGCACAAGAGAUAGAAUUUUAUCAAUGGCUGAAAUUUCGACUUCUUAAUAAAAUAUUCAACAAUGGAUGAAAAUACUAUCCGAUGAAGAUAGAUAAAUCAACUGCAAUUAAAUAAAUCUUGAAUAAUAAUCGAGAUAAAUUUUCCUCGUUAAAAAGAAAUUAAAAAGGAAAAAAGUCUCUUAUGAUUUCGUAAUUAUUAUACCAAAGAAACAAAUAUGAACUUUUGUGCCAUCUAGAGGUUGAUUCUGUAACCACAUAAAUCAUUUUACAUAGAGGAUAAAAUCGUUGACGACUAAGUUUUACGUGCGAUUUUUUUAUCGAUUGUAGCGCAUCUUGUCAGAAUAAUUAAUUAUUAAUAUUAUUAUAACUAGCAAUAGAAUUCGCAUUCGCAAAUGACGAAGCCGCUACAAUCUUUUUACG